AUGUUGAAACAAUAUUGCCUUGGGUUUAUUUUGGAUUUGGAUGCAUUGCUUGAACCAUCCCAUAUGAUCAUGCAUGCUCUUCUUCUUCAUGAGGAUGGUAGCUCUAAUGGAAAUGAGCUGCAUCUAAAUUUUGGAGGUAACAAAACCAAAUUUGGCAUUGAAGAGUUCGGUAUUAUAACAAAUUUAAAUUAUAAUGAAAUGCAUGCUGAUAUGGGUGUUAGCAAUGAUAAUAAUAGAUUACUUGUUAAAUACUUCUCUAGAAAAUCAUCAAUAUCAAGAAAUGAGUUGAAAGAUUUCAUUAAAUCUAGAAGAAUUGAUAUUGAUGCUGAAGAUGUCAUUAAGUUAGUAAAAGUAUAUAUUGUUAAAAAUAUAUUAGGGAGUAAAAGAGGUGAUGGGUUGGUAGACACUUUUGUUAUGAGUUUAGUUGAUGAUGAAGAAAAGUUUGAGGCAUAUCCUUGGGGUCGCCGAUCUUUUAACGAAACUAUAAAAUACCUCACAAGCGCCCUAGAUUCAUCGAAGACAGGAUAUGAGCUAUGUGGCUUCCCUAUAGCCUUCCAAGUUUGGGGUUUUGAGGUUAUUCCUUUGUUGGCCUCAUCAUUUGCCAUUCACGUUUAUGUUCCUUUAACAUUUACUAAUGAUGAAAAAAUGCAUUCCAUCAUUGGAAGAUUGAUAUUGUUCAAUCGUCAGAUAAUUUUUUAA